AUGUCGCGUCUUUCCUCACCCUCGUUCUUCUCCCGCCCCUUGAAUUCUCAACAUUGGGAUUCCAGAGAAAAUGUCGCCAGACCUAGUCCUGGAAAGAAUCUUGCACAGCACCAGGACCAACUCAUCAGCGUCACUAUCGAAGCAAGCACCACGCAGACAAUCUCCAAGAAACCCGAAAUAACGACUGGGCCAGACACAGACCAAUGCGUGGGGAGCACCCCUGCCAACCACUUAAACCUCUGUAAGGAACCUACGGGGACGUGCCUUAUCCGUAUCGCCGCAGCUCACCUCAUUCAAACCCGGAAAGACCUGAGAGUGCGAAUGGAAGAUGGAAAAAUCAAGGUAGAUGAGCCUGAGCUCCGAGAAGCCGUUCUUUUGAUGCUCACUUCAAGGAUCAGGGAAAGAACGUUUGGCUCGUUGGACUUAUCGUCAGGAACGUUCCAAUGGCACACAAAUCUGCUGCCCAACGCUCCUUCCUACGUCUUGUCUGCUUGCUGCGCUCACAUAACUUGGUCACAUUGUAAGGCAGAGCAAGCAACAACCAAGCGCAAGCGGAAUCUGGGCACACACAAACCUCUGUCUCCUAUCCCAUCAACCGCUAGAAGGCGUCAGUACAUCCGUGUCCAGCCUUUCCCCAACUUCUACUUUGUUUUGAAACUGGAGGCACACCAGAACACUAGAUUCUCUCACAUCGGAAACCUCGUGCUCAGCAUAGACACCCUCGAGACCUUCAACGCCGCCGGACCAACAGUAGUCAAGCUCAGCAUCACCAUGAUCCAACACCGUUCCCUUCCCAGAGAAGACGAUGCCUACGAGACAGCAAAUUGUGACUCAGGCCCUUGUCGUCGGCAUCAGCUUUCUCCGUUCUUUGUCAACUGCCUCGGUCUGGACACUCAAGUCUGUGUUGCUGCAUCUCGCUGGCGCCCAUUGGAAGCAACAAUUUCAGCCACCGACGCAGGAAGCAAGCUAUUGCCACCAGUCCCGUACUUCUACUUCCGCAUGCCUCCAUGUCUAUCCCAAAGAGCAAACCCCAUGGUCGAGGGCGAGACCCUUCUCAUCAAUUUACACCCCAGGUGCCAAGUGGACCGCAGAUCUGCUCUUUCGCGCGCUCUAGCAGCAAUAAUUCUUGAGCCCUGGCAUAUGGAGAACGGGCCCAUACGAACGUGCCAUGCUUGCAAAACCUCAACAAAGAAGCAUCGUCCCCAGCGGCUACACGCAGCUUCGGAGCCAGCAGUUACCUGCCUUUCUUCGCCUCUGGGGGCCGCCCUAGCCCGACUUGCCCUACCCGCUAACCAGGUACUGACUCUGAAGGUGGCGAGUGGCUACCACUUUGUUACCAACAGACUACGGUUUAACAGCCGGGCUGGUGUCGACAAGGAUGCGCCGCCUAUGACUUUUUGUAGGUGCCGUCAGCAUUUGGCUUGCCUUAAUCUGAAAGUUUCCUUGCCGGCCGCUGUCAACGUGAUCGGCAUUGCUUCACGGAUGCUCGCCAUGCACACUCACGCACCAUCACCGAGGACCCAUUGGAUCCGACUAAACGACCUUCCUGACAAUGGACCGAACUCCCGCCGCGUUCCCACCUCCCUCCAUCUUCCCCCACAGGUCAUGCACAGGACUUUGCAGACGGCGGGAUUCCAGCCUCCGUUCGAUCACCGCUGCUACUCCUUCGAGUCUCAUAGCGUCGGCGUUUUCGGACUAAACACGGCCCAGCUCCACAGGAAGAUCACUGAUAUCAACAGUUCGACAAUAAUUCUGAUCUUCGCGUCGCCAAAGCGGCAAUCAAACACGACUCUCCCGGACUGCUCCUCUCUUCAGGUUGUGAGGUUCGCGCUGCGGCCCCAUUCGCCUCAGGCAGUCAGCGUCCCGAGCUUCAUACCGCAAGGCCAGAUCCCUCAAUCUCUGGUGAUCCACACCUCGUCCUCCCCUGAUCCCAGACCCCUCAAGCUUUACGAUUCAAGGCGCUGGCAGACUGUCAGCUGCGCCGUCGCAAUGUCAACGAAUCACCAAAGCCGUGCUAUGGGAUCAGACCAUCGUGGCCGACACGAGAUAGUAAUGUCCGCCGACUCUGUUCUUCUUCGGCUUCCGCUCGGUUGCUCUGAGGCCCAAUGUCGAAACGAGUUGCGCAAGACGUGGAAACGCUAUGAAGUUAGGGUGAUUGUGUACCGAUCACAACCUUCAACUACCACUCCGCCGCAAUUGCCAAAGAUGCAGCAUACGGCUGCCGUGCCGUCAUACCUGCAACCCGCGCGGCCUGCAGGAGGUCAUCAUCACGCACCUAUGCAGCAGGUCGCACGCUGCAAGCCUGCAAGGCUAAUGGCCACCAGUGCGCGGCAAAAAGUCGGCAUCGAUAUCGAUGGCAGCUUGUCGAUGUCUCUCAGCGAUCCGUCGGCUGCUGGCGCCCUCCCUGAUGGAUUGGAAGACGCGCCGCUGAUUCUUGAAACUUCAAUGGAACAGUUUCCAACUCUGUUCUCUUCAACCUGCGUCUUGGCUCUUCACCUAUUUGGACCCUUUUGGUUCUGGCUGGUACGAUUUUUCUCCCAACCGGAAACUCCUCAUUACCGGCCUAAGGGAUCUUUGGGGAGACUGGGAGAUACGACAGAACGAUCCGUCACGUCCAUUGGACGUUCGGAAUCGCCAUGGCGAGAAACCCACGGGCGGUACUGCGCAGAGUUUGAUUUCUGUCUCGACUGCGACAGCCCAACCCGACGAUCUGGAUUGUUCUCCGAGCUGAAUUUUGAUGUGUCAAAGGGCCGGCUGAUACAGCUUAGACGCCGUACUGCUCAGAACCAUCUUGACGUUGCACGUUUGAUCCAGCGCAACCACUCAGUCAGUACAAUGAACGGGCUGCCAGCUGUCCAUUUCCCUGCCUACCACACUGCACUUGGCCCAGCUGAUCUGUGGUGGUCAUACUGUGUUGUUUCUUCUCGAAGGAUUAUUGUCCCGACAAUGCCGAAAGAAACUGUGCCGCUGGCUGAUGGCCUAUCUGUACUCUGCGGCCAGUUCGCUGUCACACCCAACUCUCGCAUGGGGUGGCGUCAGACAUCCUUUUCGUACAGAGAUCGAGUCCAAUUAAGUGAUUCGCGGGUUGUCCAAGAUAGCAAAGCUACCUCUCUGCACAAUAUUCUACAGCUGAUGAUCGGGGACCAAAGUGUUUGCAGCAGCCAUGAAGUCAUCAUCCCGUCGCACAAAAAUCAACAAAAUAUUACAGCAGCAACUUCGGCAGCGCCCGUCUUUCCCUCAGCUUCGAUCCCGAACAGCAAAGAGCAGCGGCCUGACAAGGAAACGGUGACCAACACCAGGCCGAAUUCAGGACAACUUCCGACGCAAUGCUCCAACGGUUUACCUUGUAUAGCCUCCCGCAGUUUGCUGACGAAAUGA